AACUUUAGUCGACGAUCAUUUAACGCGCAUGCGCCAUCGUGCAUGUAUGAUCACCGGACGAUCGCCAGUCAUUAAUCGGUGGUCAAUACUAACAAGGGAUUACAUUAUAGCAACCUGAGUGUGAAUAGCUACCUAUCUGUUCAAAGACCUACGGAUUUUGCCAUGACGACAGAAGAGCAGUUUCAGGCGGCUAUUAAUGUAAUUAGGAAUCUACCAAAAAAUGGAGCAUAUCAACCUAGCAAUGAAAUCAUGCUACGUUUUUAUGCAUAUUAUAAGCAAGCAACAGAAGGACCAUGUCAACAAUCAAAGCCAGCUUUCUGGGAAAUAGUUAAAAAAACAAAGUGGGAUGCUUGGACACGUUUAGGCAAUAUGAGUAGAACAGAAGCUAUGAAUAAUUAUGUGGAAGAAUUAAAAAAGAUUGUAGAAACAAUGUCUUAUACAGACAACGUGGCUAAUUUUCUAGACAGUUUAGAUUCAUUUCGUGAAAGUGUUCCAUCAAAAGAUUUGGAAUUACUUCUCGGUCCUGUACUGGAACGUAUGCGUUCACAACCUGGAAUACCAUUAACUAUUUCUCCAUUAGUAUCAAGAGAAACAUCACCACAUAGAGUCUGUAAUAUGACACGACAUAUUGCAAGUAGUUUAGAAACUAGUCCAGCUACUAGCCAUAGUGCAAGUCCACCAGAUACUGAUGGUGAAGAAGAAUUUAUAGAUACCGUCGAAUCUGCUCCAGAACGAAUACAAAAGGAUACAACAAAAAUCUCUAAUAUUACUCACAAAAUGACCUAUGGCUUAAAUUUUUCCACUGAUAAAAUUAAUGAACUAGUUACUCCAAAAGAAAAUUCUUCUGAGUUAACUAAUGGAUAUACCAGUACAAAUGGAUAUACUGAACCAAUAAUAGAAAAUAAACAAGAAAAAAGUAAACAGCGAAAUAAAAAGGAUGAAAAAUCUAAUGCUGAAUUCCUCAAUCAAAUAGCUACAACUAUGCAAAACUUACAAAGAGAUUUAGAUAGAAUAACAGCCAGAGUGCGUUGCUUAGAAGGUCAAACAUUGCAAGCUUUGGCGCCAUCAAUAAAACAGCCUACAACAACUUCAUACCCAAAAUGGUGGCCUUUAACAGACUGUUCACCGCGAUUAUUCACUAUUUUAAUCGCAUGGCCGUUUAUAGCACAAUUUUUGAUUUCUUUAACACAACGUUAUCGUCAGCGAAGGCUGUGA